AUUGUUGGGGGCAAUGUAAAUAUAUAUAUACAUUGCUUACUGGUGUACACCGCUUAGAGAGUGCUUGCACUUAAAGCGGUAUAUAAGUCAUAAAUAAAUAAAUAAAUAAAAUUGAACGGAAGGGGCCUUAAACAAUGUAGUUCGUAUGGGAUUGCUUUGUUUCCCGCAAAAAGUACCCCUGCGCGGCUUUAUCCGUUAUUCCCGUUAACGGGGAGCAAUUCUUGAACACCCGCUUUGCAUGCAGAAGACUUCGGUUCCAUCCUCACGAUCUCCAGGAAGACUGCGAGGGGCUGCUAAAGUCGAUACUUCGUUGUAAGGCGCCCCUUGCCGAUUAAAGCGCUUCCACCCCCAGAGACCUUCCUAAAAGGAUCCGGGGAGAACUCGAGAUAUGAUCCCCAGCGGAGGCAGAAGAAGAUGCGCAGCUCGUCAGCUACUGGCGACUUUACAUCUCAUGCAGGAGGCGAGAAUAACUGUGACCUGACCCCAGGAACGAGAAGACGCCGAAGACGUGCAUUUUUUUCAACUGUUACUUGAUCACUUCCGAAGUCGCUUCUUCACCCACCUCCUCGGCCAUUUUGGUUUAAUCUAUAUGACACAGCUGAGCUCAACAGCUGUUACUUCCGGCAUCUCUAUGACCCCCACAGGAAAACGCUUGGAUCCUUUCUAGGCUUCUGUUUCUAUGGGAGAAUCUGAACCGCAAUAGUACACUUUCUCCUCUUCCGCACGCCCCUCAUCCCUCCCUCCUUCGUCAUCCCUCCCUCCUUCCUCAGGCGCCAAAGCUCCAGUUGUGAAUCAUCCUUCUUAAUUAGUGCCCUCCCGCAUCUCUAUGCCUCUUCACUUCCGGCCCCGAAGCUCUAGUCCGCCGCCGGUUCCGCUGUUCCUCUCUCCGGUGCAGAGAAAAAGAGACCGUCUCUUAAAACAUCCGUCCUCUCUCUCUCUUGCUCCUCUAUGAUAUCUUCUUAAAGCCACCUCGGUAUACUUCUCCACGAGUGGGAAGGGGCAGGCUUCGCGAUUCCUUCUUCCUUUCUCCUUUGGAUCGUACCAAGCUGAAGCCGAGCCGGGGGCAGCGGCGGCGGCGGCGGGGGAGGGAAGAUGGCGCAGGCCUUGUCCGAAGAGGAGUUCGAGCGUAUGCAGGCCCAGUUAUUAGAACUUCGAACACAGAAUUACCAGCUCUCUGAUGAACUCCGCAAGAACACAGCUGAAUUAAAUGGGCUCCGACAACGGGUCGCCUAUUUAGACAAGGAAUUUACUAAGGCUCAGAAGGCUCUGAAUAAGAGUAAAAAAGCUCAGGAAGUGGAUGCACUGCUUAGUGAAAAUGAAAUGCUUCAGGGAAAACUGCAUAGCCAAGAGGAUGACUUCAGGCUGCAAAAUAGCACUCUCAUGCAGGAGCUCUCCAAGCUGUGCUCGCAGCUUGAGCAGUUGGAGAAGGAUAAUCAGAUUCUUCGGGAAGGGAAGACAGCAGUAGCCGGUGAAGGGUCGUUCCCAGCCAGCUCCGUGGAUGGCGAGCUGUUAAGGCUACAGGCAGAGAAUUCUGCCCUGCAGAAGAACAUGGCAGCUUUACAGGAGCGCUAUGAGAAAGAAGUGGCCCGGCAAGCAGAAAACCGAGGUGGCGGGAAAGGUGAUGGUUCUCCGGAUUCUUGUCCCGCUAUGCCAGAGACGACUUCAGAACAGCCGGCAUUUGACAGCGACAGUAGCAGUGCCAUUUCCCAGCAGCUUCUCUCAGAGGUGGAACUGAAACUGCAGACCGAGAGGGAGGAAAAAAUAUUGCUGAAGGAGCAGCUGCAGAGUCUCGAGGCAUCCAAGACAACGGAGACCUCCCGCCUGCAGCAAGAGCUCUCCAAGUUUGUGGAGAAGCUUAAGAAGAAGCAAGAGAGCUUUGUGCGGCUUCAGACAGAAAAAGAAGCUCUCUACAAUGACAGCAGGACCAAAAUUGAGGAGAUCCAACAGCGGAAGGAAGAGGAGCUCAAAUCUCUGCAAGUUCGUAAUCAGAAGCUGCAGCAGGAGCUCCAGACCACAAACCAGGGCUUCUUGGAAUUAAAGGACCAAUUGCAGAGUUGUCAAAAAGAAAAUGAAUUGGCCCUUCAGACUCUGCAGGACCAGGUUGCGUGCCAAAGUGCGGAGAGCCAGGAACAGGUUGAGACCAUUCUGUCUGAAAAUGAUGCUCUGAGAACCAACCUUGCAGCAUUAGAACAGGUACCAGGUUCCAUCUUGUGAGCCAAGUGGUUGGAGGGCAGAGAAGGUGGCAUUGAGGAUGAUGAAAUUAAAGGGUGUAACUAUGCAUUUUUACAAGGAGGGUAUGUGUAUUACAUUUACAGCAUAAGCGAGGCUAAAUGACCAGCAGCAAUGUGUGUGUGUGUGUGAAGAAUUCCUGUUUAUUGCAUUUACAUUCCUCCCUUCAUCCAGCAUACUGUGUAUGAGAUAUGUGCGUGCAUUUUCAACCUUUCCUAUUGAGUUAGAUAGGGUAAGAAUAGACAGGUACCAAACCAUCUUCUAAUCUUCAUGGAUAACUGGGAAUUUGAAUGUUAGGAUCUCCAAGCCUGGUCUGGUAUUUUAAUUGCUAUACCACACUGACUCUGGUUCAAGGAACUUAUUAACCUCACUUCAUCAGUGCACAACAACAGAGCACUUCUCUUGAGCAAGGAUGAGUAGCUGUUUAAGCCCAGGGACAUGCAUCUUUUUUGAGUGGCUAACAGUUGCAAUGAAAGCAGCAGUAAAACUAGACAGGACUGUGUCGUAGACAGAUUUGAGACCCAGAUUUUUUUUUUCUAGGCUAUGGAAGAGUUGGCUUUUUUUUUUAAACAAAAAAUCUAGCUUAACCCUACAAUUUUUACUUCUUUCCUGCCUUUAAACAACAGGAAUUCCACAUGCUCUUGGCUUGUCUAAAACCAGAAGAAUCUAAGUUCUUCAGGAGAAUGCUCUGUUACAGUCAGUUGUUUUGUCCUGCUGUGAAAUGUCUGUGUCAUUUUAGAAGAAAGUGAUUGAGAUUGCAUCAUAACUCACUCUCUCUCCCUCUCCCUCCCUCUCUCUCUCUCUCUCUGUCUCUCUGUCUCUCUGUCCCUCUCUCUGUCUCUCACUCUCUC